AUGGCGCGAGGUCAGCAGAAGAUCCAGUCCCAGCAGAAGGCAGCUAAGAAAGCUGCAGACCUGAAGAAGGGGGCUACCUCAUUCCAGGAUCAAAAGAAAGCAGCUGCCAAAGCCUUGACACACAUGUGCCCGGUCUGCAAGGCACAGAUGCCUGACCCUAAGACAUUCAAACAGCACUUUGAAAACAAGCAUCCGAAGACCCCACUUCCCCCAGAACUUCAGGAUGCUUGA